CAACAUUGUCUUAAUCAAAUGCAGUGUCAGUUCUCGGCUCAGCCAGGAACUCACAAUGACAACAGCACAUCGACCAACGUUUGACCCUGCCCGGGGAAAAGAAGCACUACGAGGACCCGCCUAUCAUCAACGACUCCUUCCGGCACAUACUCACCUGAAAGUUCGGAAACCAGGACAAGGCGGCGAUGCAGAUACCGAAGUUCGCGAUCUUAGAGCAGAGCUUUUGAAGGCGGAAGCGGCCCAUUUUGCGAAAAAGGCUGGUAUCCCAGAAAACAAGGCCCCAGCUCCGUCGAUAGACGCACAGACCCCAAAACACCUUCUAGAAAAUGGCUCGGAUAGUGGAGAUCCUAUAGCAGCCGAAGAUUUUGAAGCAAAACGCCGUAGGAUAUUAGAGGAGACUCGGGAUAUUGAUGCGGACUCGGAUGCGGAUGAGAGUGAGAGCAGUGAAGAGGAUAGUGAUGAUGAGGAGGAUGAAACAGCAGAGUUAAUGAGGGAAUUGGAGAAGAUCAAGCGAGAAAGGGCUGUGCAAAAGGAGAAAGAGGAACAGGAAAAGGCGGCAAAAGAACAGGAGCAGCGCGAAUACGAUAUUGCAAGGGGAAAUCCCUUGCUAAACCCCCAAGAUUUCAAUGUGAAAAGGCGCUGGGAUGAUGAUGUCGUUUUCAAGAAUCAGGCGCGAGGCACAGAAAACAAAGGACAAAAGGAGUUUGUUAACUCUAAAUAUGUUAAAUAA